GAGGCGUCGGUGCCUUGUUGCGGGAGGUAAUGUUGGGGUUUGCUUUUCCAAAUGAUUUUGAGAGAUUUAAGGGCGUCUGUUGGAUUGUUAGCAACUCGGUUUGGAGUACAGCGUAGUAACGAGGGAGAGUGGCCGUGAAGGCGGAGGAGCUGUGUGGUAGUCAAAUAGCUAAAGCUCGCUGUCAGAGACACCGAAUGUCUUUUCGGUGAGGAUCUCACGAAGACUUUUAAGCUACUAGCGUUAAACAUGAACCCCAGGAUUUCUGUUCUCGUGAGUGCAUUGCAGUACUGUUUAAUAACUUGUUACUGCUCUACACGCCCAGAACAAUAUGGACCUCACUAUUACUCAAUAGUAGUGGAUGCUUCCAAACCACAAAGAGAACUCAAGCAUUUCUGGAGGAGUACAGGAUUUUGCCCUCCUCUUCCACACAACAGAGCAGACCUGUUUGACUUAAGUAAGGACCAAGAACUGAACCUUGCAUAUGUUGCCUCAGUACCUCACAAUGGUAUUGAACAAGUUCGAAUCCAUUGGCUAUUAGAACUAAUCUCAAUCCGAGAGAUAAAUGGCAAGCUUCAGUACAAUUUCACGAACUUGGAUAGUUUAAUUCACAGACUCUGGCAGAAUGGGCUAAAACCAGGAUUUGAACUCAUGGGAGAUCCUUCAGGUUAUUUUACCAAUUUUGAAGACAAAAAACAAGUAGUUGAAUGGAAAAAAAUGAUCACCUUUUUGGCACAAAGGUACAUAGAUAAAUAUAGUUUGGCAUACGUGUCAAAGUGGAAUUUUGAAACAUGGAAUGAACCAGAUCAUCAUGACUUCGAUAAUUUAACAUUCACAGUUCUGGGAUUCCAAAACUACUAUGAUGCCUGUUCAGAAGGUCUAAAAGAAGCAAGCGUACUGCUUAAAUUCGGCGGUCCUGGAGGUUCAUGCCAUCCUCCCCCGCGCUCACCAAUUUGUUGGGGCUUGUUAAACCACUGCUACAAUGGAACCAACUUCUUUACAGGAGAAAUUGGAAUACGACUGGAUUUUAUUGCUUUACACAAAAAAGGUGCUGGUAGUUCUCUGCAUAUCAUAGAGCAAGAAUUGGAUACAGUUCAUCAGAUACAGAAGCUCUUCCCUAAAUUCCAGUCAAUGUCCAUUUACAACGAUGAAGGUGAUCCACUGGUCGGUUGGUCGGUUCCUCAGGUCUGGAGAGCUGAAGUGACAUAUGCUGCUAUGGUUGUUAAGGUAAUAUCACAGCACCAGAAUCUGCUAAUUGCGAAUCCAGAGAGCACAAUAAAUUUCACAUUGCUGAGCAAUGAUAAUGCCUUCCUGAACUACCACCCAAACUACUUUACACAGAGGACUCUUACUGCCAGAUUUCAGAUGAACAAUACAAAGCCACCACAUGUACAGAUGAUCCGCAAACCAGUACUCACUGUUAUGGGGUUGUUGGCAUUAUUAGGUGAGAAGCAAUUGAAAAUAGACAUGAUGCCCAAUGGUGAUGCCUCGAAUUGGAAUAGCACUUUAGGAGCACUAGCAAGUAUUCAUGAACCACCAAAUAAUCAUUCGUCUGACAGUUGGCAGGCUGCAGUAUUAAUUUACAAUAGUGAUGACAUUCGAACAUCUUCAGAUGUUACCUUCGUGACUGUCAACCUGACCAAUUUUCCCACCCAAAGAGAGCUCAUGUAUGUCAUUUACCACCUGGAUAACAAGAACACCAACCCUUACGUACAGUGGAAGAAUUUUGGAAGCCCGGAUUUUCCAACGGUGGAUCAGUUUCAUAUUAUGAGAGAAAUGGAGGAUCCAGUUGUUAAGGGACCAAUGCCAUUUUCUCCCGAAGAAACACUCAUUUUAAGGCUACAGCUUCCUCUUCCCUCCGUGUAUCUUCUGCACAUCUGUGCAAAGCCCGAAAGGCCUCCAAAUCAGGUUAAUGGUGUGAGCUUCAUACCUCUGACCCUGGGUCAGGUGGUCAUCAGGUGGGAUGAUGGUUGUGUCAAUUCAAAAUGUUUGAAAACAUUUGAAGUGGAGUUUUCAAUUAAUGGAAGAGGUUACAAAAGGAUUAAUGAUAAGGACACUAUAUUUACAGUUUUUGUAUAUGCUCCACCUGGAAAGAGGAGAGAUCUGUCUGGUUUCUACCGGAUUCGAGCGAUAGAUUACUGGGGCAAAACUGGAACAUAUUCUGACCCUGUUAAAUAUAUUGAACCCAAAAGUUUGUGAGAAAUAUUUGUAAUACCAAUAGUAUUAAGCAGGUAAUUAUCUGAGAUCAAAUGGUAUUACAAGCAUAAUAAUUCUUAUUUCAAAACAACAUCAUGAAUGAAAAAUAUUUUGCUAAGUUUAAUAAUAAAGUUCUAGUAGUCAUUUUUUAAAUCGCAAUAAAUUUGCACUGCAUGUUUCACCAGUGAAUAAAAUCCACAUCUCUUGCAUCAUGGAUAAAGAUUUCUUUAAACUGCUUAAGACUAAAUGUGAGGUUAAUGUGAGUGUCUGCUGAGAAUUUUAUCCUCAGUGGAAUUACUACAUUAAACACACAAUAACAUUGGAACCAAUUUUUACAACACACAAUCACAGCACUGGUAACUCGUUUUGCACUACUCUUUGUUCUGCAGUCCAGAUGGUCACAGGACAUAUCCUGCUGUACAUUAAAAGAGGCAUCUGUUUAGGCUGCACACUGUGUACCAGGAAUCUGGCAAAACUUCUAUCCUUUGUAAUCACUGAAUCCAUGAGUUAAUCCAAAGACAUAAUGAGUAGUAGGUUAAUUGAUCAUGGUAAAUUGUCCUGUGAUUAGGCUAAGGGUGCUGGGCAGUGUGGCUUGGUGAGCCAGAAGGCCUGGACCACAUUGUAUCUCUAAAUAAAAAUAACUAAAUAAAGAAGAUAGAACAGUACAGCAUAGGAACAUAUCAUUUGGUCCAUAUGUCUCUGCUAAAUUAAAUGUCAUCUCUUCUGCCCGUACCAGAUCCAUACCCCUCCAUUCCCUGUGUAUCCAUGUAUCCAUCUGCAAUCUCUUGAACAUCACUAUCUUAUCUGCUUCCACUACACCCCUAGAAGUGUAUUUCAGGUACCCAGCAAUCUCUUACUCCCCAAAUCCCCUUUCAACUCUGCCCCCUCACCUUAAAUACAUCACCUCCAAUACCUGACAUGCUUAUCCUGGGGAAAAUAUCUGACCACCUGCCCUAUCUAUAUCUCUCAUAGUUUUAUAAACCCCUAUCAUGUCUUCCCUCAGCCUCCAGUGUCCCAGACAAAACAAACCCAGGUUUGUCCAACCUCUCCUUAUGGCACAUGUCCUCUAAUCCAGGCAAAACUUUGCUAAUCUACUUCUGUGCCCUUUCCAAAGCCUCCACAUCCUUCCUGUAACAGGGUGACCAAGGUUGUCCCCUCUGCUCAGUGUGCUGAGGCUGUCUGUGAUGUUAUGUAGGGUGUAGGUGAAGUGUAAGACCAUUCACUACUGAGGCUCAAGAAUGCAGCCUGGCCAGUGUGGAGGAUCACAUGACGAUAGGCUGCCUCAACACCCUCUAUGGGAUCUGAAGGAAGCCACUGUCCUCUGUUUAACUUCUCCCAGCUAGUAAUUUUUCUAAGGUAACAAGCAUAAUGACAGGUGAUCAGCAUUGAACACAUACUGUACCCAUGGUAGAGAGGUCAGGGACUUGGAUCAGAGAUAUGCUGCUAACGGCUGAUCCAUUUAUGUAUAUUGCUAUCGUGACAUCUUCAACUGCUUUUAUUCUGAGAGAUCCUGAUUUGCAGAUUAAAGUCUACGACCAAAAUUAACUUCUAUCACUACAGUUUUUGAAAUAACUUGCAAUGUACAGUUUCUAUUCAUAUCUGUGUACUUAUUGUUGUCCAAAAUGUAACAGAGGAGAGUUUUAUGAACCACCAUUAAUUAGAAUUUCUGUCGAAGUUUCUUCAACCUGAAAUGUUAUCUGCACCAGAGAGGGAAUGGGUAGGUGUUCUGUAUCAAAGAGUAAUGUGUAAAAUAAAAGCUCAUGAUGAACAGUGUAAUAUAUUGUCAUGGAUAGAAGACUGAUGGGUUGCAGGAAGUAGAGAAUAGACAUAAAUGAGUCUUUUUUAGUAGUAAUUCGGUAAGGAGCCGUGUGUCAUGUGGACCUUGGCUGGGACCUCAACAUUUUGUAAGCUUUCUAUAUAAAAAUAAAGUUUAUUCAUAUAAAAAAUUAUUUGGAAGAAU